AUGGCUGCUGUGACGCUGAUAUCAUUGAUUUGCUUGGGCAAACCGCCAGGUGCAUCUAAGUUCCAUGUCACCUUCACCGACAGCCAAGCACUCAGCCGAGAAGGCUAUUCCACUGGCAUCGGUCCUCACAUUCGUGCAGGCGGCGUAUACCAAGACACGACUGCAAUGUUCCACCCCAUGGCCAACAAGAAGUGGCGAGCGUUCGUGAUGCAGUAUGUCUCAAGCUUUGUCGUCAGCUUGAAUGAUGCUCGGACGCCGCGUUGCAAGAUGGGCAUAUUGCGAGAUUACUUCUAUGGCGGUGAGCGCUUGGGCUACGACUUCCUACCCAUCAUCAAUGGGCCUUUGAAUCAUAAUUUCAGGAGUAAUCUGCCGCGGGAGACAAGAAAGACGUGGGCGAUGAGCCUGAGGACUCCGAUGCUGUUGUUGAUUUCACCAAUGACUAUUUCGAUCGAUUAG